AUGAAUUCAUCAUGGUGCUAUAAUGACUACGAUUGUUCGGACAAAUAUGAAGUGUGUAUUGACAACGAGUGUGUGUGUCAGCCGGAUAAUUAUAAAUGGGAUAAUAAGCACCACAAGUGUAUGCCAUUCAACUGCACCAAUAGCUGGGAGUGUCGACCCAACCGGUACUGCGCGCCCCCACAUACAGACAUCAAUAUCUACCGGCCCUCCACCUCAUGCCUGUGCCGGACCUCAUUGAGACCAGACUUUCAAAACGGCGGUAAAUGUAUCCACGAGUCGUCCAAAUAUAACUACCUGUGCUCCACAGCCAAGGAUGACUGCAAUUGGAUGUCUAAUCAUAUUUGUGUGGACAGGCGUUGUAAAUGUGCCCCAAAUUAUAGGUACACUCAAAACACGGCCUAUGAAUGCAAACGAUUCGCGUGCGAUGUGGACAGGGAUUGCCAGACCUAUGAUCCCAACCGUAUUUGUGAUGCAAAUACUGGAAUCAACGGAUUCUGUGAUAUUAAUGAGAACUGUACGGCCGGUCAGGUAUGUCUGGACAGCUACUGUCGCUGCAAACCCGACCAUCGCUGGGAUGUGACGAGGGGUCGGUGCGAGUCGUAUAACUGCGCGACAGAUGUUCGGGACGGAGACGAGCGGUGCGAUACGUACGACCAGAAUAGGCGGUGCGAUCACAACCUGGCGGUGAAUCUGUUCCGAGCGAAGUGCGAGUGCGGGAACGGCUACUACGAGGACAAGCGCUCAUUCAAGUGCCGCAAGUUUUGCUUCAAUAACGACGACUGCGAUAGAGGGCUGGGAACCAAUGCCUCCAAUCAUAUGGUUUGCGUGGACUUCCUGUGUCAGUGUCGGCCCAACUAUCGGUCGGUGAUGAACGGCAGGGCACAGGAGUGUCAGGCCUUCAACUGCACCAAAGACUCCGACUGUUGGACUAAUGGCGAUGAGAAUCGCGAGUGUAUUGACGUCAAGCGAAACAGAGACGACUGA